UCCUUUCUGUCUUGGACACCCCUCUUCCUCCCCCACUCUUUUCUCUCUCUCUAGAUCUAUUUAUUUAUAUAUAACCCCCACACCUCCAUAUCAAAACCUUGACCUCUCCACCACAAAGGAAAUUGGAAGAACAGCUUAUUUAUAAGGGAAAAAAGGAGAUUAAGAAAGAUGGGGAAUUGUUUGCGGCAUCAUGAGUCUUCUAUGCAAUGGGGCGGUGAGGACUGGGGAUCGCCAGCAAAGGAUCAAGGGCUUUGUGCUAGAAAUAAGCGCGGCGACAAAAUGGGCGGCAAGGCCAUGGAGAUGGAAGAGGAGGGAGUUCUCGGACAUGGCAGAGUCUUCACUUCUUCUUCGUCUGCAACAAAAGCAGCGAGCACUACUCCUACUACCGAGGUGAAGAUCAAGAUCACAAGGAAGCAGCUGGAGGAGUUGCUGGGUAGAGUGGACGUAAAGGAAUUGUCGGUGCAUCAGGUUUUGGCGCAGCUGAUGAACGUUAGCGAUCAAUACGAGACGCAUCAGCGGUCGUGGAGGCCUGCCCUGCAGAGUAUUCCUGAAGUUAACUGAGAAAUAAUGUAAAUUAAAGGUAGAUAUAAAGCCAUGAGUACGUACGUGCGUGAUGAUGAUGAAAAAUAUUGAUUAUGUUUGAAGACUACUCUUUCAUGGUCUCUGUUCCUCUGAAUUAGCUAGGAUAUUGUGUUAGCUAGGUCAGUGUCAUGUAGUGCCGGUCCUGUUUUGUAAACAGAAGAGAUGGGGGAAUGGGGGAAUAGGGUCAGAUCGAAGGGGUACUUCCAUAGAUUUUGUUCACUCAUGUAAAUACCACACCCCCUUUUUUGAGGCCAGGUAAAGUUACUUGUUUUCCCUUCU